AUGUUCGGAGGCUCUGGUGGUGGUUUGUUUGGGAGCACCCAACCAGCCCAGCAAUCCACAGGCCUCUUUGGCGCUGCAGCCCCAUCCACUGGUUUGUUUGGCUCCUCGACUGGAGGAAGCAAUCUCUUUGGUUCAUCUACAGCGGGAGGAGGAGGUCUCUUUGGUAGCACGACGCAAAACAGGCCUACUGGCGGUGGGCUGUUUGGCACCACGCAACCCGCACAACAACAACAACAACAGGCCGGAGGGUUGUUCGGAUCAUCUCAGCCAUCAACUGGUUUGUUUGGGAGCUCAACGAUGAGCACCGGAGGAGGAGGGGGACUUUUUGGGGCAACGACAGCACAACAACCUCAGCAACAGACUGGCGGUCUCUUCGGUAGUACCACACAACCUUCGACUGGUUUGUUUGGAAGUCCUCAACCAGCAGGAGGAUUGUUUGGAAGUUCCACCACCCCAACGACAUUUGGCACCACAGCAGUGUCCCAAGGAACUGGGACACGCGAUCUUAAGUAUAGAGAUGAUUUAAAUAGAGAUUCGUCCGGAGGGAAAGUUCAAGCGAUUUGCAAUUUGCCAGAAGUGAAUCAGCAAAAGUCUCUUGAAGAGUUGCGAUGGGAGGAUUACCAAUUAGGACUGACAUCAGGAAAAACUCCAACCUCAUUAGGAAGCUCUGCGGGACUGUUCGGAUCGGGAACUACUGGGGGAGGAAUUUUCGGAGGCGCUGCGCCACAGCCGCAACAACAAGCAGGGGGUCUCUUUGGAGGCACAACCACUGGGGGGUUGUUUUCCAGCACUCCGUCCACUGGUGGUGGUCUCUUUGGACAGAAACCUGCCACGCCUUCGACUGGUGGACUGUUUGGGUCAACAGCAGCGCCAACAACUGGCGGAUUAUUCGGAAGCGCGCCGCAGUCAACGGGCUUGUUCGGCAGCACAGCAACCCAGCCCGCAGCUGCAGGAGGCGGACUCUUCGGGUCGUCAGCUCCGUCAGGGGGCCUGUUCGGUUCCGUGGCGACAACGCAACCAACAUCGGGUGGGUUGUUUGGAUCCACUCAGACCACGGCACCAACAACUGGACUAUUCGGACAGACGACAGGUACGUCAAGUUGGCCUCUCUCGGAUCAGCGCUCUCUUUCAGGAGGAGGACUUUUUGGUUCCACGGCUCCGACAACAGGGGGCGGACUUUUCGGGUCGACACAACAGCAGCCACAGCAAGGUGGAGGUCUUUUUGGGACAACUACAUCUCCGUCAACGGGAGGUGGACUUUUCGGCACAACACCCCAACAAGCGACAACAGGAGGACUUUUUGGUACAACGCCGUCGACAACAACAGGAACCACAGGCGGACUUUUCGGCUCGACAACUGGCGGUGGGCUUUUCGGACAGAAGACUGAAACAACCCCCGGACUCUUCGGACAAACUGGCGGCGGACUGUUCGGAGGUGCGACCUCCACUCCCGCGGCAGCACAAUCAACAGGUGGACUGUUCGGUCAAAAACCUGCCACAACGGGAUUGUUUGGGACUACGACGGGAACAACUGGAACGACAUCGGCCGGAACAGGAUUGUUCGGACAACAACCUUCGACAUCAACCACAGGAACCGGACUGUUUGGUAAUUUGGGACAAUCCUCUACUGGAGGCGGUUUAUUUGGAAGCUUGGGACAAACCUCGACUGGAGGGGGUCUGUUUGGGAAUUUGGGACAGCCGUCGACUGGAGGCGGAUUGUUCGGCAGUAGCAUGGGACAGUCACUCGGUGGCAUUGGAACUCAACAGCCCUUAUCAGCACAGACGGGACUGUCCCAACAACAACUUGUCCCGUGUGUCCCAGAUCCGUAUGGGAUCCAACGUCUAGGCCUUAUGAGCGGCAUGUAUGGAGCCCCUGCGAUGUCCGCUUUGAUGGGUGGAUGGCCUGGAGGAAUCCCAAAUCCAUUUGCCUUUCCAACACCAGGGGUGAUUCUUCCCACUCAAUUUCGACGAUUCAAAUCAGCAACAUUGUCCCAAAUUUGGAGGCCAUUACCCGAAUAUACAGCAGAACAUAGACGACUCCAGCUGCCAUCAGCAACACCGAGGCGACAACGGACUCUUCCUCCACCCCGCAAUUCCACAACAUCAUCUCUCAAACUGGACUAUGGGUGGAAUGAUCGUGACCUGUCAAACAUGCUCUACCCACCCAGAACCACGAUGGGAACUCCACACCGACGAAGUCCUUCGGUUGGACGGUUGUCCACCGCGCGCGGGCAAUGGACCCCAUUCACGCAAGUCGCGUCUUCCGAAAGCGACGAGGAGGCGGACAGUCGUUACGGCGCGCCGGCGAACCGGAACCUCCGUGUUGCUGAACGGACACAACAAGCCCGGCGAUUACGACAGAAGUGGAGGGAGGGCCAAGAUACAACCGAUAAGCCUUUGGGACAUUUGCAGGAGAGUGACUCCAGAACACCCCUGAAGCAUCGUCGGGCGUUUGAUACUGAUACUGGCGAAGAUGUUCGGGGUGGACGAUCAAUGUCGCGCGGUUUUACGCCCAGAGAGGUUCCGUACACGCAGCGACAGCAGACAAGUAGAUCAGGUCCUCUGAAAGACGAUUGGACAUUGAGCCUUCGCCAAACGGGAAAAUUGAAGCUUGGUUUUACAAAAGAUGCCCGGGACGAAUCUCUUGUUCCAAAAUGUACGUUGGAAGGCUACUCGACUAAACCAUCCAUCGAAACAUUACAAUCUUAUAAUGGGAGUCGAUUGUCAACAGUAGAAGAUUUUACAGUGAUACGAGACGGAUAUGGUGAGGUCACAUGGCCAGGAUUAACAGAUGUUCGUGGAUUGAAUGUUGAUCUUGUUGUUAAAAUUGAGGAUAAGGCGAUUGAAGUCUAUCCAUCAAAUUAUACAGAAAUUACUGGAAAUUCUGUUCCUGAGAUCGGAGUUGGUUUGAACAGAACAGCGUUAGUGACGUUGCUGAACUGCAGGCCGAAGAAUCUUACUUCAACGGAUGAGAAUUCUGAGGAGUUUAGACAAGCUUAUGAAGAUCACGUUCGCAAAUUGAGAAAAUACACGGAGAAAAUGAACGCUCAUUUCGUAUCACUUUCAACGAAUUGGGCUUGGAAAUUCCGCGUCGACCAUUUCAGUCGGUAUGGUUAUCAGGAGGAAGAAGAAGACUCUAGACGCCCGAUGACAGAACAGCCAGCCGUGCAGGCAAGUUCUGGAUCGCGGAUUCACUUCAUGAAUGCAACGACCAAACUCGAACCGGGAAGGGCUAUGAUACAUGCGACAACCAAACCGGUGUCGAGUGUUCUAAGCGGGUCAAAGAAUCUUUUGACAUCUCGUGAUCUAUUUCAUCAGAAGAAACGAGUUUUUCUUGACCGCACGGGAAUCCAUCAAAGUCGUAAUGCUGUUCCACAGCGUCAAACCACCACAGUCCAACCACAACAACCAGAAUCAUUCAAAGAGCAGCUUGAACUUCUCUGUCAACGUCUGGGUGUCUCUAAGUCAUCUGAUGGCCCGAAGACCGAGCCCGAGCUUCUAGAAUUGUUGCUCGGACGAUCAGAUGAUAGGAGUUCUUUCAAGCGACGGCCAUUGCGGUCAUUCAGCGCUGAGUACGCGCACAUGUUUCCGUCUCGUAAUGGAAGUGAAGAGUUCGGUCGUCGAAUAAAAUCUCGUAAAACUGGAAUUCUUGAAAAUCCUUCGAGCCAACCCGACGAUGCAGAUGUUCUACUGAAAGACUUAAGAGAGAGAAAAGAGGAAGAACGACAUUUUCUGAAUGAAGUGGUCACUUCAACAUUUCAAUGUUUAGGUUUUCGACUUAACGCAGCAACUUUACAACCUGAUGAGAUUGAUCAGUAA